AUGGCCGACGAACAACCCGCGACAAAUGGCGUACGAACGGUGUCUAUGCCUCCCCAACGCCCGCCCCAGAUGCGGGGUGGGCUUGCCCAGCGUCCAAUGACGAGCCGCAUCCCACCGAGUCUGCAGGCCAAGAUGGCUGCGAUGGCAAACCGAGGACAGGCCCAGUCUUCACCUGCUGUUCCGGGGACUGCUGAUAUCGCGAAUUUAUCGAACGCAUUUGCCCAGGCGGGAAUAGCUGGUCCCGCGAGCGCACCCCCGACACCAGCCAACCGGGGCCGUGGGAUGGGCAUCGCAGGACGACGCAUGCGACCCCCGGGCACCCUGGGCGAUAUUGACCCUAACCUUGUCUCCAAACCCCCGCCCGCCGGCGUCGGCGGAGGUCCUGGGGGUCUUGCUCUCGGUCGACCGAACCUCGGACCAGAUCCACCAAAGAAACCAGGGCAGGGAGGCACGCCGUUUGCAAACUUCAGCAAGAUCGUAGAUCCCUCUGGCGUCUUGCGUUUUGGUGGUGGCAAGGCUGUCAUCCACUCGGCUGGAGUCGACUUCUCCAAUGGCUCCAGCUUCAAGAUCAACAUGUCCGAGUUUAGACUCGAAGAGGAACUCGGUCGCGGCAACUAUGGGACCGUCAAAAAGGUCUACCACAAACCUACUAAUGUCGAAAUCCGCCUCGAACUCGACGAUGCCAAACUAAACGCAAUUCUUAUGGAACUCGAUAUUCUCCAUCGCGCUGUCGCUCCCGAAAUCGUCGACUUUUACGGUGCAUUCUUUAUCGAGUCAUGUGUCUAUUAUUGUAUGGAAUACAUGGAUGCCGGCAGUCUCGAUACCCUCAACGGUGUCGGUGUCCCUGAAGAUGUUCUCGCUCGAAUCACAGCAAACAUGGUCCGUGGGCUCAAGUUCCUCAAGGAUGAACUUCAGAUCAUGCAUCGCGAUGUAAAGCCUACCAACGUUCUCGUUAGCCGCAAGGGUGCCAUCAAGCUGUGUGAUUUUGGCGUGUCUGGACAGUUGGAACGAAGUUUGGCCAAGACCAACAUCGGCUGCCAAAGUUAUAUGGCUCCCGAACGCAUCAAAGGCGAAUCACUCAACAACGUGGGCACAUACACCGUCUCAUCCGACGUUUGGUCUCUUGGUCUCUCGAUUAUCGAACUCGCUGUUGGAGCCUACCCAUACCCGCCCGAGACUUAUUCCAACGUAUUUGCUCAGCUUACUGCGAUUGUUCACGGACCCCCGCCGGAACUACCUGAAGGGAAGUACAGUGCCGAUGCAGCCGAGUUUGUUGCUAGCUGCUUGAUAAAAGAACCUACGAAGCGGGCUACAUAUGCCGAGUUGCUGGAUCAUCCAUGGCUUGUCGCAGAUCGCGAUCGGGAGGUAGAUAUGGCCGGAUGGGUCGAACAGGCCGUUGAUUUUAGGAAAGCUAAGCGCGCAGCUGGAGCAGAAGUAUCAAGUAGCGAAGAUCGCGUGCCAGAUAAGCAGACGGUCGAGGCGGCCGUCAAGGCUGGAGAUGUCGUAGCGGAUGGUAAACCCACCGACGAGAAACCGGCCGAAAGCAGCAAACCAGUGGAAGAUGCUGUGCCAGUCGAGAACGGGGCAUCCGAGGCGCCACCAGACACGGACCCAAAACCCGUACCUGCCGAAUAA